GAAGGAGGAGGAUCUUCUCGUUCGCUUCCAUCCCCGGGGCCAUACAGGCGGCGAAAUCGUAGGGCAGCCCCGCUCGUCAUGCUUUGCAGCCGGUGCUGAACGCACCGAAAGAAAGAAAGAAAGAGAGACAGAGAGGAGAGAAAGGGAGACACACACAGAGAGAAAUGCAGGGAUUCGUAAGGUUACGGUGCUGGGGCCGAAAGAUGUAAGCCCGGCUUUGGUUGCUCUGAUCUCAGCGAGCCCAGGCAAGCCCUGCAUUGAACAGAUCCUCGCUGCCGGCGACUUCUUGGGAAAAAAAAAAGCCGGGCGCCCCGGGCUUCUAAGCGGACGGACGGACCGACUGACUAACCGGCCGGCUUGUCUUUGGCUUGUCUUCCUUCCUUUCUCUCUUCUUGUUGUGGUUGUGGUGGUUGUUGUUGUGUUUGCGACCUUCCCGGGGAUGUUUCGCCCGACUUGAAGUUGUGGCUUUGCUCUCCGAGCCACCCCUUGUGUGCUGCGCGCGUGUUUGUGUGUGGAGUGUGUAACGCGUGUGCAGGCGGAGAAAGAGAGAGAAGAGGGCGGGACGGCUUUCUCGGUCUGGCACCCACAGAUUGGAGAGCCGGAGCCCGGGACUCGACGGCUUCUCUCUCUCCCCCUUUUUUUUUCCUAUUUAGAUUUCAGACUCGCCGCUGUCUUUGUCCUUUUUCUCUUCCCUCCUCUUUGCCUUGCGAGCCAAUUCCCAGCCUCUUUUCUUUUCUCUUUUUUUGGGGAAAGCCACACUGGGCGGGCUUGGCUUCUUUUUUGCCCCGGCUUGCCUUCUUCUUUUUCCUCCCUUCUCUCUCCCGGCCUUUCAGCCCCCUCCUCGCCCCUCUCUUUCCUCCCGGCCUCGCUCCCUCUUUCCUCCCUUCGCUCCCUCGGUCCUUCUCUCCCUUUCUCGCUAUCCUCAUCUUGCCCAGCCGCCGUCGCUGCCGCCGCCACCCUCCUUCCUCCCAGGGCGAGCCCGAAGAUGAAAGACCCGAGGGGAGAAAGUUAACGAAGUCGCCCACAUGCGCUGCAUCAGCCGGAGCCUUUGGGAAAGGAAAUCGGAGGUGGUGGGAGACGAGAGUUUAAAGUCUUGGCAGGCGGGAAAAUGGCGGACUCAAGCUGAAAGUGUCACUUGGCGAAGUUGGGCGAGCUUUGUGUUCAUCGGCGAUCCCCUCGACCCAGAUAGGACACAUGCAGGCCAAAAAACGCUACUUCACCCUCCUCUCGGCCGGCACCUUCGUCGUCCUUCUCUUCUACUUGGGAGGCUUGCAGUUCAGAGCAUCCAGGAGCCAAAGCAGGCGAGAGGCGCGCAGUAGCGGCGGCAGGAAUGGCUUGCAGCGCCCCGAACGCUACUGGCCCCGCUUCCCGGACGCCCUGCGCCCUUUCCUGCCUUGGGACCAGCUGGAGAGCGAGGAUUACAACCGGCACGCUUCCCCUCGCCAGAAGCGCGACGCCAACGCCGGCCUCUACAAGGGCAAGAAGUGCCGCAUGGAGUCCUGCUUCGACUUCGCCCUGUGCAGGAAAAACGGCUUCAAGGUCUACGUCUACCCGCCGCAGAAAGGGGAGAAGAUCGCCGAGAGUUACCAAAACAUCCUGGCCGCGGUCGAGGGCUCCCGCUUUUAUACUUCGGACCCCAGCCAAGCCUGCCUCUUCGUCCUCGGCUUGGACACCUUAGACCGAGACCAGCUCUCCCCCCAGUACGUGCACAACCUGCGCUCCAAAGUGCAAAGCCUCCACUUGUGGAACAACGGGAGGAAUCAUUUAGUUUUUAACUUAUAUUCCGGCACCUGGCCUGACUACACCGAGGACGUGGGCUUCGACAUUGGCCAGGCCAUGUUGGCCAAAGCCAGCAUCAGUACGGAAAACUUCCGGCCCAAGUUUGACGUCUCCAUCCCUCUUUUUUCUAAGGAUCACCCAAGGACAGGAGGGGAGAGGGGCUUCUUGAGGUUUAACACCAUCCCACCUCUGAGGAAGUAUAUGUUGGUGUUCAAAGGGAAAAGGUACCUAACUGGGAUAGGAUCAGACACCAGGAAUGCCUUAUAUCAUGUCCAUAAUGGGGAAGACGUUGUCCUGUUGACUACCUGCAAGCAUGGCAAAGAUUGGCAGAAGCACAAGGAUUCUCGGUGUGAUAGGGACAACGCCGAGUAUGAAAAAUAUGAUUAUCGUGAAAUGCUGCACAAUGCCACUUUCUGUCUGGUCCCCCGUGGCCGGAGGCUUGGAUCCUUCAGGUUCUUGGAGGCCCUGCAGGCUGCCUGUAUUCCUGUGAUGCUCAGCAAUGGAUGGGAACUUCCAUUCUCCGAAGUGAUUAAUUGGAAUCAAGCUGCCGUCAUAGGAGAUGAGAGAUUGUUAUUACAGAUCCCUUCUACAAUCAGGUCUAUCCAUCAGGAUAAAAUCCUAGCACUUAGACAGCAGACACAGUUCUUGUGGGAGGCUUAUUUUUCUUCAGUUGAGAAGAUUGUAUUGACCACACUAGAGAUUAUUCAAGACAGAAUAUUUAAGCACAUAUCCCGUAACAGUUUAAUAUGGAACAAACAUCCCGGGGGGUUGUUCGUACUGCCACAGUAUUCAUCAUAUCUGGGAGAUUUCCCUUACUAUUAUGCUAACCUAGGGUACCCUUAA